AUGCCAGAUAGCGACAGCGAUUUUGGAUAUGACUUCUCCGUUGAAGAGGAAGAGUUGCUCGCCCAGUUAGCUUCCGCUAAUCCCACAGCCCCGCGCCAACAAUCGCCACCCCAAGAUGCGAAGCUGGCCGUGAUAGACUCGGUUCCUGGAAGAUCAGAUAAGUUCGUCACCAGACAUGGCACAGCAGAGCCUCAGGAUCUUCCAGCAUUGGAUCGGGAAAGCCCUCAACCGAGAUAUGAACAGGCACCAGCAACUUUUGCUCCCGCUUCGUCAGAAAUCCAGCCCGGCAAGGCUGUUUGGUACCCGGAUCUGAAAGGUGAACUGUCGAUACUCGAGACUGAUUCGCGGCGUACUGUUCACGAGGAGUCAGGGCGCGACACCUUCGAUGAGUCGUUUGACAACUACCGCUCUCCAUUGCAACGGUUCCGCUCGUAUCCCAGAAAGCCGUUGACAGUUUCCGAUCUCAACGCAGGGGCAUGGUGCGAGCUCCAGUAUUGGUACACGUUAACGAGACUACCUGGUGGUCGGAGGACAAGGACGGUGGCAAUGCGACAGGGCACCAAGGUCCAUCAAAAGCUCGAAGACGAAGUCCACACUACCGUCAAGAUCGAUAUCACGAGUAAAGAGGAUGGGUUUGGUUUGAAGCUCUGGAACUUGGUUCAGGGACUGAGGACCCUGCGGGACACGGGUUUGACAAGAGAGUUAGAGGUCUGGGGGAUGGUUGAUGGCAACCUGGUGAAUGGCAUCAUCGACGGUGUCAGCUACGAAAACCCGAAUCCCGAAUUCCAAGAGGAACUUUCUAGUCAGGAGUCCCAAGGAAAUUUUCGACAAGCAUCACUGACGGAUUACUUUCCACCAACGCAAUCGGCACAAGCGCAGCACCCAGGGCCAAAGAUUUACCUCACCGACGUCAAGACUCGUGGGUCUCUCGCUCCCGUGAGUAACGCCCAGCUUCGACCUGCAAAGAUUCAGCUUCUUCUGUAUCAUCGAUUUUUGUCAGGCAUGGCUGCGGGGGAAUUAGACUUUCUCAAAGUGUUUCGACGUUAUGGUUUGGACCCCGACGAACCAUUCUCUGAUGGAUUCAUCGCACAAGUGGGCAGUUUACACGAUGAAAUAUUUUUCGACGCCCCUUCAAGCUCAGAAGCAGGCCCUGCAACGCCGGACUCCACUUCAGGGAGUGCAAAACCGACAGAGCCCGACCUUCUCAAGUACCGAACACUGAGAGAACUUCUCCCGCUAGUACAGGAAGAGUUGGCAGCCACGUUUCCCCACGGAGAGAAUUCACUGGGGCACAUGCUUAGAGUUCAGUACGUCCAUCGAAGCGAUGGCCGGGAGAUCGACCAACACGACUUCCCAGUAUCUCGUCAGGCAUUGGACGCCUACUUGUCAAAGUAUAUGUCAUGGUGGCGCGGGGAAAGAAAGGCAACAGGCGUCGACAUUGAGGAAGCCUUCAAGUGUCGGACAUGUGAAUUUGUCUCAGACUGCUCGUGGCGUCAGGCCCUGGACGACGAACGGUUGCGGAAAGCCCAGCAAAGGGUGCGGUCAAAGCGGCGCGAUUGA